AUGGGGUUGUCCCUGAGCUCCGAGGCCGCCGAUGGCGGCAACGAGGGAUACCAUGUACAUGGGGUUCAAGAGAACUCUCCAGCACAGAUUGCAGGACUUGAACCAUUUUUUGACUUUAUUAUUGCAAUUGGACAUACAAGGCUGAAUAAAGAAAACAGCAUGUUGAAAGAUCUCUUAAAAGCGAACGUGGAGAAGCCUGUGAAGCUGGAGGUUUACAACACAAAGACAAUGAAAGUCCGAGAACUGGAAAUUACCCCUAGUAACAUGUGGGGCGGGCAAGGACUUCUGGGUGCCAGCGUCCGAUUCUGCAGCUUCCAGGGAGCCAAUGAGCAUGUGUGGCAUGUCCUGGAUGUGGAGCCUAAUUCCCCAGCAGCCUUGGCUGGGCUGCAGCCUCAUACGGAUUACAUUGUUGGAUCUGAUCAGAUUUUGCAAGAGUCAGAAGAUUUCUACUCUUUGAUAGAAUCUCACGAGGGGAAGCCACUGAAGCUGCUGGUUUACAACAUUGAUAACGACUCCUGCCGAGAGGUGUUUGUAACCCCUAAUGGAGCAUGGGGAGGUGAAGGAAGCUUGGGUUGUGGUAUUGGUUACGGUUAUUUGCAUCGGAUUCCUUCACACCCUGAGAGACAGCAGCAGAAAUUUGAGAUAAAACCGCCUUCACCGUUACCACCAGAACCAGAGUCUGUUGUGCCUCCAACAAAUGGAUAUAGUGAGGCUCCUCUGCAGGCACCAGAACCGCUCAUAGAUACGGCUGAUGAAGCCCUCGCACUGGCCGAAGCGGAAACACACCCUGUCACCGCUGGGGAGCAUACACUGGUCCUGCCGCCACCGAUACAGAGAGUGGUAAAUCCAGGGUUUCCAGACAAUUCACAUUUCCAAGUGCCUGAAAUUCCAGAUGUAACCAAACUGAUAGAUGUAAUGUCACCGGCUUUUCUCAACGUGGCUCCGGAUCUUCCCAUAGGAACAGACCAGAUUCUGAGUACUGAAGAGCUCAGUGCAUACAUUGAACAGGUGACGAUUCCAGAAGUGCCACCUCUUGACAUGCCUAUAUCACACGUUGGCUUGGAUCAGUCACUUGCUGAGAACGGCACAGCCGCUUCCGAGGACCUGGACAGUACUCAGGGACUGGACAGUGUGGAGAAUGGAUCACACACACAAGAAGACAAGCCACUCUCCUCUACUGAGGAACUGCAGAGCACAGAGGAUACAGCCACCAUCAAAGCCGAAACAAAAGAAGAAUAGAACGUAAAAGACUUUUUACGUUUUAAUCAUAUUUGCCAAGUCUUAUCUGCUUUCCACCAUGUUGGGCUACAACAUGCACGGUCGCUAACAGCAAGACAUUUAAAGGUUUUAUUUUUUUUAAAUCUUUUCACAACCAGAAAUUUUAUGCAAAGAGUAGAUUUUAAUGAAUAAUCUAUUUAUGUCCUUCUUAGGAUUAUAGAGCUUAAAAAUCUUCACAAGUAGCAGCCGGCAUAUUACUUGAUAUUCCUGGUUUGAUGGGCUUGUCAGAGGUGAUGGGUCAUCUGCAUUUGACAGCAGGACUUCUGUUGAAUGUAUGAUUGCUUUGUUUGGUUUGGGAUGAAGAGAUCAGUCAAGCCCAGAUGCAAUCCCAGUUCUAGAUGGUUUAAAGCGCACUUCACCCAGCAUAUUAUUAUGAUCCCAAGUCCAUGUUUACCCCACCGUGCUGUCCUGAUUGAUCAGGAGUCAUGUGCUUCCUUCUUUGGGGGACUCUAGGUAAUGUUCUUGCAAUGUAAGG